AUGGUUGUUAUAACUAUAGCAAAGUCAAACUCCGAUGUUAACGAGAGGAAGGAUGAAAAGUAUUGGAACUACGAGCGUUAUAGCAUACCCACUGGGUGCAUAGAAAAGUAUCAAAUAUACCAACGGAUGGGCCGUGGAAAGUACUCUGAGGUUUUUGAAGGACGUAAGGAUAAGGAGAAGAUUGUGAUAAAAACACUUAAGCCUGUAAGGAAGGCAAAGAUUUGCAGAGAAGUACUUAUACUGAAAAGCCUUGAGCAUAAGAAUAUCAUAAAGCUCAUGGAUGUUGUUGUCGACUCAGAGUCCCAAAUAUAUUCCCUGAUCUUUGAAUACAUAGAGCACGAAGAGUAUUCAAAAAUAUUUGAGGAGUUGAGCUAUGAAGAUAUUAUUGAGUACUCCAGACAGAUUCUUUCUGCACUUGAAUAUUGCCAUAGUAUGGGGAUAAUUCAUAGGGACAUCAAGCCACAGAACAUGGUGAUCAACCAGGCUAGAAGAGAGAUUAAGAUAAUUGACUGGGGACUUGCCGAGUUUUAUCAUCCAAAAAAGGAAUAUAGCGUGAGAGUUGCAAGCAGGUACUACAAGGGUCCUGAGUUGCUCGUAAACUAUCCAUACUACGACUAUUCUCUUGAUAUCUGGUCGUUUGGAUGUGUCUUGGCAGAGUUGAUAUUCAAAAAGAGGCCCUUCUUCCACGGAGAAAGUAACAGCGACCAGCUUGUCAAGAUAGCCAGAGUUCUAGGAUAUACUGACCUAAGAAAGUACAUCGAAAAGUACAGAAUUCCCCCUCUUGGCCCAAAGCAUGAGGGAGCUGGGGAAAGGGUGCUACUUUCCUCCUUUAUACAACCUGGAAAGGCUGCUCUCUAUGCUAAUGUCAUAGACCUAUUGGAAAAAAUACUAGUAUAUGACCAUCAGAACAGACCUACUGCUAGUGAAUGCUUAAAACAUCAAUUAUUUAAACCGAGGCAGUAA